AUGUAUGUUUCUGUUGUAACCUCCCUGACGGUAUUCCCGAGUGUAGCUUGGGGUAAAGUUUCAGUACCAAAAGCGGUAACCCCGAGCUACACUCGGGCUUACCAUGCGGUGCUGCUCCAGCAUCUGUUCUUCACUUACCUUGUCCUGCGCUCACCGCGAUGUCCCUCCUGCAGUGUCCCCGACAAUGUAAUUCGGCAGAUGCCGGCAUCUGUCAUCUGGGUUCCGUCCCCUGUGAGCGUCAGGAUGUACGGGGGACGGAACUGGCGGGAAAUUUGAAAAUGACAAAAAGUGACCAUUUCACAUACAUUUUGUCCCGAGUGCUUUGUCCUGUGCCCUGCCUGCAUUUUUACUGUUCUUUCUG